UGUUCAUCGUAGGCUUGCUUCUGAGUAUUGGAAACUAACAGAAAAUUAUACCUUGUGUUUUCUUCUCAAUUUCGCACGCACUAAACAAAAAACAAACAAAACCCUAUUUCUGCACACUCUCUCUCUGGUUCUCUGCUCAUUCAUUCUCGGACUCCAAACCUAAACACAACCAACUCUUCCUUUUCCUUCUCCCUAUAAGCAUUACGCGAUAAGACUUGUCUGUUAUCACUUAAAAACGUCGACGUUUCACUCCCAUCGUCAAUCACUGCGAGGCCUUUAGGGUUAGUUGCUUCCUCUUCUGUGGCUUUCUUUUCCCUCUCGCAAUCAGAUAUCGACGUAACCCUAGGUUCGGGAGGAGAUUUUUCUUACAUCCACCAAUUAAUCACUGAGUUCUGCCAUUGUUGGGGCAGUGGUGCUUCCAUUUUCUCAAUUAUCGGUUCUUGAAUUGUAUGGAGAGGUGAAACAUCUGGGAGUGGUUUAAAGUGGAAAUCUGUGUUUUGAUUAAUCAUGGAGGCUUAGCUUUGGGAAGCGCUCCCUUCACAACAUUGUCUUGUGUUUCAAGACUCAGGUUUCUCUUUAGCAUCUUGUUUUGGAUGAGUUACGGCUGCGGUUGUAGUAGAUUGAGAAUCAGGUUGGGAAGGUUGGAUUAUUUGGAAACUGUUGAACGAUUGGGAAUUGAGGCGUGAUUGAAUGUUACUGUGAAAGUGCUGAUGUUUCGUUUGGAAUGGGUUUUUCAUGAUUGGGUUGGGUUUUAGGAUAGUGAUGAGUGGUGCAAGGUAGAGAAUGGAGAUUAUUAAGCGAUAAAAACGAGUGCGAUAGUGCUACUUGUGGGUGGAGUUGGUGAAGAGGAGCACACGACUUUCUUUUUUUUUGUUUCUGAUGAUGUUCAGAGUUAGUUAUGGAAAGAAGUGAACCCACAUUAGUUCCAGAAUGGUUGAGAAGUGCCGGAAGUGUUGCCGGGGCUGGAAGUUCAACCCCACAUUUUCCCUCCUCGUCUAAUCACACUGAUUCUUCUUCUGUGGCCCAUCAUACAAGGAAUAAGUCUUCUAAGAAUGCUGGUGAUUUUGACACUGCUCGUUCUCUGUUUCUUGAACGGACAUCCUCUUCAAAUUCUCGGAGGAGUUCUAUAAAUGGUUCUGCCAAGCAUCCCUAUAGUAGUUUCAACAGAAGUCAUCGUGACAAAGAACGUGAUAGAGAGAGAGAGAGAUCCAAUUUUGGAGAUAACUGGGAUUGUGAUGGUUCUGACCCAUUGGCCAAUCUCUUUUCUGGGAGGUUGGAGAAGGAUGCACUGCGCCGUUCACAAUCAAUGGUUUCCAGGAAACAGAGUGAGACUAUACACCGUAGAGUAGCAGUUGAUACUAAAUCUGGUGGCAAUAGCCAUCAGAACAAUAGCAAUGGAAUACUUUCUGGAAGUAAUGUUAUUAGUAGCAUUCAAAAAGCCGUCUUUGACAAGGAUUUUCCAUCACUUGGUAUUGAAGAAAAGCAGGGAACAGCUGAAGUGGUGAGGGUUUCAUCUCCUGGUUUGGGUUCUAGUCAGAGUCUACCUGUUGGAAGUUCCACUUUGAUUGGAGGCGAGGGAUGGACUUCUGCACUAGCAGAGGUACCUGCAUUAAUUGGGAGCAGCAGUACUGGAUCUCUACCAGUGCAGCACACUUUUAAUACAAAUUCUGGGUCUGUGCCAUCAAUUACAACAGCCAGUCUUAAUAUGGCUGAGGCAUUGGCACAGGCUCCAUCCCGAGCUCGCACUACUCCCCAGGUGCUGGUCAAAACCCAAAGACUCGAGGAACUUGCUAUCAAGCAAUCAAGACAGUUGAUUCCAGUAACACCCUCAAUUGCUAAAUCUUCGGUUCUUAGCUCUGAGAAAUCAAAGCCCAAAACAGCUAUCAGAAAUGCUGAUAUGAAUGUAGUUACGAAGACUGUGCCACAGCAACCCUCUGCGUUGCAUAUUGCAAGCCAAUCUGUUCGCAGUGUAAAUGCCAAAGUUGAAGCUCCAAAGACUUCUGGAAAGUUUACUGAUCUGAAAUCUGUUGUGUGGGAAAAUGGUGCUUCCCCUACCUCCAAGGAAGUAUCACAUCCUACGAAUUAUCCUAACAGCAAACCAGGAAAUCAACAUCAUGUUGCUUCAGGAGCUGCUUCUGUUCCUUUGAGGAACCCCAAUAACCUAAAAUCCUCCACAGAACGGAAAUCAACUACGUUGGAUGUGAAAUUAGGUUCAACAUUGGAUAAGAAGCUUUCCAUCUCUCAAGUUCAGAGUCGGAAUGAUUUCUUCAAUCUCAUUAAGAAGAAAACAUUAAUGAACUCUUCUACUGGUCUUCCAGAUUCUGGCCCAAUGGUUUCUUCUCCCAUAAUGGGGAAAUCUGAUAAAGUGAAUGGGGAAGUAGUUAACGAAUCUGCAAGUCCCCAGUCUCUUGGAAAUGGUACUGAACUAACUAGCAAUGGUAAUGCCCAUGCUCAUGAAGCGUUUCAAAGGCUUUCUGAUGAUGAAGAAAAAGAAUCAAUUCCAUGUGCUACAAUAUAUCCAGAUGAGGAAGAAGCUGCGUUCCUUCGUUCUCUUGGCUGGGAGGAGAACUCAGAGGGGGAUGAAGGCCUUACAGAAGAGGAAAUCAAUGCUUUCUAUCAGGAGUGCAAGAACUUGGACCCAACUACAUUCAAGCUAUGCCAGGGCAUGCAACCAAAGCUGUCCAAGUUGUUCGAAUCUUAUGCAUCUAACUUGCAUGGAUCUUCUGCUGAAUUGAGCUCUAGUGAUCCCGGAUCUGAAGCUUGACACACUGUUUCUUUAAUCAUAGUUAGAUCCAAGUUUCAUAUUUUUGAUGGCAGAUGAUUAGUUCCAUUCCUUUUGUUCUGAAUGCUAAUGAAUUGAGAGUGAAAGAAGAGGGGUGGGUUUUUUAUUAGAAUCCUGCAUUUUGCAAAUAUUGCAAUAAGUUACAGGUGCCUCAAUCCUGCCUGUUUAACAGGGUAUUUUUUUUUCUCUUUGGCUUUUUGGUUAAAGGUUAUAUAGGGUUGGUAGGGUAGGGGCUAUUUUGUCUGCAGUGGAAGAUGCUAGGUCAUUGCAUCUUUUGGGGCAUUUUGAUCCGUUUCUUUUCUUUCCAUGAGGGUUUGAUUCUACAUGAUAAAGUUUUUAUGCUGUUUUUGUUCAAUUUUACAAAAAAGAAGGGAAAUUAAAAGUUUAUUUUAAUUUUA